UCAGGAGAAAUGUCAUAACAAUCUGUAGCGCAACGUAAAUAACACCGUGAUUUCACAGCAGUGCAGAGGAAUUUGUGAUUUUAGAGAAAUCUGUGAUUUUUUCGUCGUAUCCUACCCAAAUAAGCGUUGGGUGCGCGUGUAGUAGCUAGUGGUUCUGCCGUAAGGAAGAAAAUUGAAAUCAAAUAUGCUUUCUUCGUGGUUAUUACGCUCAGCUAGCAAGCUGAAAAUUCCCUCCCAUGCCUAUUCAAACGUGGCCACGGCUAGCUCAGCCAAAUUGCAGGAGCUGGCAUUGGAGGAAAAGUGCAUUCUGGUGAAUGAUCGCGAUCUGUACACGGGGAGUGCGUCGAAGCGAGACUGCCAUCGGGUAGAUCCCGAGGGUAAUAUUCGUCUACAUCGAGCAUUCAGUGUGUUUCUGUUCAACAGUGCUGGAGACAUGCUAUUACAACGCAGAUCCGUCCACAAGAUAACAUUUCCCGAUUGUUAUACCAACGCUUGCUGCAGCCAUCCGUUGUACGACAUCGAAGGAGAGCGCGAAGAGCUGAACGCCCUCGGUAUACGACGUGCCGCCCAACGGAGAUUAAAUUAUGAGCUCGGCAUCCCGAUGGCACAGGCACGGCCAGAAAACUUCCACUACGUCACCCGCAUACACUACGCCGAUCGGGGCGAUGGAACGUGGGGAGAACACGAGAUCGACUACAUUCUGUUCCUGCAGAAGGACGUCGACCUGAAGCCAAAUGAUAGCGAAGUUAGCGAGGUGCGGUACAUCUCGCGAAAAGGACUGACAGAUACGAUCGCUAAUCUCGAUGCACCGCUAACGCCCUGGUUCCGGCUUAUCUUGCAGCACCGUCUUCAACUAUGGUGGGAUAAUUUGCAUCAGUUGGAUAGCUACGAAAAUCACAAACAGAUCGAACGUUUCUAACGAAGGGAACCAUGUACCAAAAUGGGCAUUAUUGCAACGUGUACGUAAGUACGUCACAAUGUACUUUAAUAAGGAAAAAGCAGGGUCAAUAAUCAAUUGAUUUCACUAAAGUAAUAUUUUAUUGGUUGAAGGGAAUAUUUAUGGUGAUAAGGAGAAUAUUCGAAUGGGAAUAUUGUGCAAUGAUUGGUUGUUGCAAUGGAAUUGAAUAUGAUAUGAAGCUAUUUUUCUACUGUAUAACAUA